AUGGACAAACCUAGUUGCACUGUUUGUACUCUGGCCAGUGCAAAGUACAAAUGUCCUAUCUGUUUAUCCGGAUAUUGUUCUGUCCCGUGCUACAAAGAGCAUAAAAGUGGUGUAUGUGUUCCACCGGUCGCAACAGCACCAGUCGUGACCGAAGAAUACGACGAGUUUGAGGAGUUUGAGCUCGAAGAUACUACCGGAGUAGACUACGUUCCGCUUCGAAAGCUUGAAUUGCUUCGUCAUUCAAAACACUUAAAGGAUCUGUUGUCGAAUCCACAUCUGCGUUCCUAUUUACAAAACAUUGACAAUUCACGGAGGCCUGAUUUAGCUAUGGAGAAGGCGAUGCGGGAACCUCUCUUCAUUGAGUUUGCCGACGAAUGUCUGCGGAUUAUCCUGGACGAACAACCGAAAUAG